AAUAUGUAUUUUUUAUAUUUGCGUGAAUGUUUUCUUAUUAGUUGUAAUCUUAACAAAGUGCAGAGGUCUUAUGCCAUCCUGUGCGCUGAUGUAGAAAGGGAAAGCUUUUAUUUUGGUGGAGGUCAGCGAUAGUUUGUCUACAUUUCCUGCCUUUGGCGUCGUCAAUGAGGCCACAGCGCUCAGCUGAAACAGUGGAGGUGCGCGCGCUUAAUGUUUAACAGCUUUAUGAGUUUAAUGGAGACGGAAUGACGCACAGCUCUUACGGUGUCGUGCUUUAUGUGUUUAUUCAGUGUGUACUUUGUUAAAGAAGAAAAUAAACCGUAAACUUCACCAGCAGUCAAGAUCUUUACAUCACAUAUUACGGGGACCCGCACAGGCUCCAUGCAGUAUGUGCAGAGUAACCUGUGUAUAAGUACUGCUGUAUGGUACACAUUAGAUCAACAUGGCAGGACAGCACCGAGCAGGCUCAGCUCUGCUGGAGGGUCCACAGAGACCUGAGAGCCGACAGGCCUGAAGACAUGUGAUCCGGAACAGUUUCAGAUUAGGACCUGAACCUGUCAGCCACAUCAGUAAACUGGAAACCAGUCUGAUAAAUUCACCCCGUCCACAUUGUUGUAGCCAGUUUAGAUUUGUGUAUGUUUGUGUGUAUGAUUGUGGGUGUGUGGUUGGCGAGGCACUAUGGUUGCUAUAGGUUACCUGCACACCUGUGGGUAUAGGUGGUAAUCAGUCAUAGGUUAGAUAAGGGAGACAGCUGAUCAGCCACAGGGGAACGAGGAUCAGAGGAAGCCACACAGUUUUUCAGCUGUGUGUGUGUUUGUGUCACAAGCUUAGUUUUAUAGGAGCUCGUUUUCAGUCUCUUGGCACCAGGCCUUCUGUAGGCUCGCGCCGGAUGUGCUGCUGUGGCUGCGGCUCGCUCGGCUCCACAGAGUCAUAGCUGUGCCGUGCGGGCUCACGUCCUCAGGUGACACCGACAGCGAUGGCGCGUUUGAGUCUCUUCGUGCUGCUGUGGACUGGAAUGACGUCUGCAGGUGGAGCAGUGCGAGUCGUCGUACCUGAAGGCGAUGAGGCUCUUCUACCCUGUUCCCUCAGCACCAAGGAGGACCUGACACGACAGCUCUUUGACUGGAGGAAAGAUGGUCAGAAGGAGGUGUUCCUGUAUAAUGCAGGCUCUCAUUACAAUAACGGCCGUCAAGGUCAAGACGAGCAGUUCAAAGGUCGCGUCUUCCAUUUUGAAGACAAACUGAAGAACGGUGACGCCUCCAUAACCAUCAGAAAUACGAAGGUGGCUGACAGUGGAAACUACACCUGUGAUUUUCCACGUCAUCAGCCACGUCAAACGUUCCUCAUUGAGCUUGUUGUUGGUCGUGUGUUAAGAGACAGAUCCGGUGAAAUCUCAGGUGCUGCAAAGCCGUCUGUUAAAACACUUCAUCAGUCAGAGACCUGGGCCCUGCUGCAGUGUAAAGUUCCCAAUGCUCGUCCAGAGCCAACAGUAAAGUGGCAGGACAGCAAUGGAAACAAACUUCCUGAUAAAGAACGAGAUGUCACAAAGAGUGGAGACCAUUUCAGUGUGGUCCUCCUCACAAACGUGACCAAGACCGACAACUUCAGCUGUGUGGUCACACAGGAGGACAUCAGCCAUCAGACUGAGGCUGAGAUUGAUGUUCGUCUCUCAGGUGCAGCUCCAGAGCCAGUGCGAGUCGUCGUACCUGAAGGCGAUGAGGCUCUUCUACCCUGUUCCCUCAGCACCAAGGAGGACCUGACAUUAAAGCUCUUUGACUGGAGGAAAGAUGGUCAGAAGGAGGUGUUCCUGUAUGAAGCAGGCUCUCAUUACAAUAACGGCCGUCAAGGUCAAGACAAGCAGUUCAAAGGUCGCGUCUUCCAUUUUGAAGACAAACUGAAGAACGGUGACGCCUCCAUAACCAUCAGAAAUACGAAGGUGGCUGACAGUGGAAACUACACCUGUGAUUUUCCACAUCAUCAGCCACCUCAAACGUUCCUCAUUGAGCUUGUUGUUGGUCGUGUGUUAAGAGACAGAUCAGGUGAAAUCUCAGGUGCUGCAGAGCCGUCUGUCACAAAUCUAAAUGAAACAGAGACCUGGGCCCUGCUGCUGUGUAAAGUUCUCAAUGCUCAUCCAGAGCCAACAGUAAAGUGGCAGGACAGCGCAGGAAACAAACUUCCUGAUAAACAACGAGAUGUCAUACCGAGUGGAGACCGUUUCAACGUGAUCCUCCGCACCAAUGUGACCAAGACCGACAACUAUCACUGUGUGGUCACACAGGAGGAAAUCAGCCACCAGGCUGCUUCUAAGAUUUAUGUUCGUCUCUCAGAGGAACCACACAGCCUGACCACUGGGGUUAUUGUUGGUGGAGCGGUUGGACUUCUUGUUGUUGGAUUUGUUGUUGGUGGAAUUGCUGUUUUUUGCAUAUUUAAAGUUCGAUCCAGACGUCCGUAUUAAGACGUAUUAAAGUUUGUGUGUCACCACGCAGAAGGAAACGAGAGGCUGACUGAGCUGCUGACAUCACAGCUCAGCCGAGGACGACCACGUUAAUGUUGACGUCACAUCCUGUCACGAGCUGCAGCCUCUCGUCCAUCAGCAGGUGGACGCUUCCUUCUGAGCGCUGACACGAUGACAACAAAAACACACGACGCCAACAUAAAACCUGGAAGAGGAAACUUUGGAUCAGCUGAUCAGCCUGAACAACAUCGAGAGACGUUCAUGUCUUUUUGUUUUGUGUCCUGCAGAGACACUGGACCAGUUUGACUUCAUGUCCACACACAUUAGUGUCGGCUCGUCCACAUCCUGCACUCACACGGUUUCUUCAGAAGCUUCAGUUUCCUUUUAGUGUUUGUUGGGUUUUAAUAGUUUUAUGUCCAGCCUUUCUGUCUCUCUGCUCUUGUUCUGGUGUUCAUGUGGAUUCAUUGAAGUCGUCGAGGUGAUAAAAUGUCAGGUUGAAAUCAAACCGCACACACCAGACUGUUAAAUGAAGUGAACUCAGGUCACACUGAGAUGUUUUGAAGCAGGAAACAAAACAAAUGAAACAAUAAAACAAGAGAAUUGAGUUAAAAAGAUCAAAACGCUCCAUCAGCUGACUGCUGGUCUCAGGUCCGGUCCAGGUUCUGGUUUGGAGUUUGACCGCAGUGCAGGGAUGGACGUAAUCAGGGCUGAUGCAGAUAUUGAUUAUUAGCAAUCAACAAGGCUGAUGUGUGGAGCCGAUACUCAGUUGUAAGAAUAAAAAUGUUAAUGUGAGAGUUUAAAAUGUACAGUAACCGUGUGUGCUUUACUCAGAUACAGUACUUAUGUGUGAGGUACUUGUACUUUCAGUUUUCUUCUACUUUGUCUUCUGCAUUUUGAAGGCAAAUGUUGUUACUUUUUACUUAAAUGUUGUGUUUUUAAUUUGGUGACUAAAAGUCCUUCACUUCAUCUGACAUGUUAAAGUGUGAAAGCCUGCAGUGAAGGAUGGAACAAACUGUUUGUGUCGGCUUCUGAGAUUCAAAUCCUCACAGCAGCUCGCUGAUCAGACGAGUGACUUCAGUCUGAACGUUUUGCAGCUAAAGUGAAAUAAAAUGUGACUUUAUGAUGACGCUGAUCACGAUGCUGAUGUACGCUGACGAUGCAAACGUUUGGAUAAAACUUGAAAAGUGUCA